AUGACUGGGAAGGAUUGGCCGUGGGAGAGAGAAAAAUCCAGGCUCGUCUCUUCGGAGUCCGAGGGCAACAGGCAGCCCAGCGGGGGAUUAAAUUCCCGUGUGGAAACCCCCCCUCCCCAAAAAGAAAUACUCUUCGCAGCGAGGGCGAAACCAAAAUAUCCUCCGUUGGGUAAAAAUUCCUUCCGUGGGGAAAGGAGGGAGGGGGAGAGGGGUGGAAGGAGGAAAUUGCGGGUGACCCUCGAAGUCUCUUCGGGGAAGGAUGGAGGAGUCUCCGGGAGGCCGAUCCCCAGCCUUCUCGGGGGAGGAGGACGCGGUAAAUCGCAGAGUGUCUUCGGGGAGCCUGGUUCUCCCCAGCUGUCCUCGGGGGCCGGGGGACCCCGCAAAGUCUCUCCAGGGGAGCCCGGACCCCGCCGAGUCACCGCGGGGAGGGGGAAGCGACCCCCGCCAGAGCCCGGGGCGCGGGGGGGCGGCGAGGCGGGGAGGGACCAGCUCAGCUGCGAGGCCGAUCCCUUAAAAAUAAAGGAGGAAAAAAACAAAACCCAAAAACCAAAAAACAAAAACAGGGGGAGGAAAAAAAAAAAGGCGCGGGGGGUGGGGAAGAAUAUAAAAAACGAUCGUCUUCGGCCGGAGCGGUCUGUGCUGGGGGGGCGGGGGAGCGCUCGCUCUCCUCAGGUGCGGGUCCCCGCGGGGGCGGCGGGCGGAGGGCCCCCUCCCCGAGGCUCCUGUGCAGGGCGGGGAGGCGGCGGCCGAGCCCCGGGCUCUGCUCGGCCCGAAGGGGUCGGAGCCCCGCAAUUCCCGGCGCCGCCGACACACAGGGACGCGGCGGCCGCCGCCGCUGCUGCUGCUGCCGCUGGCGGAGUCGGUGCCGCGAAGCCCCCGCCGGCGCGUCGCCUCCCCUCAGCGGUGCCUCUGUCGGCGGCUGCCCGGCCGCGGCAUCCUGUGGCGGCGGGAGCCUCAGCGCGGGUCCCCCAUGGCCGGAGCGGGAGCGGAUCCGGCUCCCGGACAGCACAGCUCAGUGUCUGGAAGAGAGGAUUAGUGUCUAACACUGGGUUUGGUGUGCAUGCACCUCCCAGUUUUGAGGAACUCAUCUCACUUCUCUAUAAAAUGAAUUUUGGGAUCUGGUUCAUCAGUCCUGACACAUUCAUCACAAGAAAUCCUUCUAGAGGAUCCCAGCACAAGUGAAGAACAUCAUUUGUCCAGUAAACUUAAACACAGGAUAAGGAACUGAUAAAAUAUCCACAAAAGAGGCAAGAAAACUAACACAUCAACUAGGGAAUAUGGAACCCAAACUCUUCCUGACUCAGAACCCUGAAGCUUUCCCAGAACAGCAAGACACAAUGGAGAGCAAUCACAUCCAUGGCUGGUGAAUUCUGCACCUGAGGCACUCCUUGCCCUUUGUACCCUUUGGAAAUAAAGCCUCCUGGAAAACAGAGAGGAGGCAGAUUAAAAAAGAAUUGAGGAAAAAAA